ACUACAAUGUAGCGUGCUACUGGUAGUAACCAUCCUUUCUAACGUACUAUUUAAAAAUAUAACGCGUAUUAAAAGGCAAGCAAAAUCCAUCAUAUAUUCUGUAUGCAACAAACAAUACUUUCUUUCUGAACAUAGCAGUCAAAUUCGGUGUUUUGUUCACAAUGAAGAGCGCAAAUUGGGACAGCUGAUCGUGAUCUAUCUACAUGACGUCAUCAACGCCUCAUUUCACCAAAUUCCCCAGUGACUCCUUUACAAUCCUUAUCGCUGAUAUUCAGUCGAUGAUCCAAUCCCUAAAAAGUUCGGGUUUUACCAGUAGUCCACAAAAAUCGGAUGCAUUUAAACAGCGCGUUGCUGCUAAAUGAAACAUUUCGUUGAUGAGCGGCACGGAAAACAAUAAAGAGGACGUGAACCCAGCACGUUUAAAUUGUUAUUAAUUGUUCUGUGGUUUAUUAACACCCGCAAAUCCCCAAACAAUGUUUUCCACAAGAGAAAAUCGAUGCCGCCGCUUCCAGUCCAACAUCUUUAACAAAAGUAAAUGUAAAAACUGCUUCAAAACCGUGGAUUCGCACAAACUCAGCGAGGCAGACCUAUAUCAGAGCAAACCUGUUCAGGUGGGCUGGCUUCUUUUGGCCCCUGAGUGCAUUGACUUCAGCAAUCCGGGCCACAGGAAACGGAAAUGGCAGAGGAGAUAUUUUGUGUUGUACGAGCAUGGGCUUCUACGCUACUCUUUGGAUGAGAUGGCAGGUACGUUGCCCCAAGGAAGUGUUAAUAUGACUCAGUGUUGCGAGUUACUUGAUGCUUCAUCUCAAACCGGAUUCCAGAACUGUUUGAGGUUGUGCUUCACUGAACGAGACUUUUACAUUAAAGCCGAAAACGCAGUCAGCAUCAGCAGGUGGCAGGAAAAUCUGAUCGUUUACCCCAAAGCUGCUAAAUCAAAUCAAAGGAAAAAGAAGAAAGAUAUUGAUCUUCUACAGCAGACAGACGAACUACAAACCUCCAGCAGCAGUACUGAUAGGAGAAGUAGCAGUAGUGGAAGUAGUUUUAACAGUAGUAUUAUUAGAAGAGGAAGUCUUAAUUCUAGUAAUAUCAGUGCCGGAAGAGCGUCCCAGGCCGUAAGCGAUGUAUUAAGCACCAGUAAGGGCAGCAUAGUUAGUGGUUGCAGGGUCAAGGGCAGCGGUAGUAUAGGGACCGGUAAAAAAGAGCGAGCAGGCAGCCUGGUGAGUGCGUUGGAGGGGGUCUCUUUGAUCUCUUCAGAAAAGAAGCUGGAGGAGGAGUCACCCAAUGGUGAAGUCAUGGCCUCUUCCAGCAGUGAUGCUCCAUCACUCAACAGCAUGCUGGGAUCAUCACUCUCUCCAUCGCGCAAUCAGUUCUCAGGCUGCUCCGGCACAGACGGCAAUAAGAAUCGUCUAGGAAUUGAAAGUGGCUAUUCCUCUCUGGAGAAGACUAGUCCUCUUGUUGGUGAUGCACAAUCACACACUGACUCCAGAAGAUCUCGGGUCUCUGAGCAGCAGGAGAGUUUAUGUCUCACUCGUGAUGCUGAACCCUCGACCUCCACUGAACAAAAUGACAAACCAGCUGCCAGUACGCCCCAGGUUUUGUCUCCAAAUUAUGACAUUCCUGAUCUACCUCGACCUUCCACCUCAUGCAGUUUUCGCUCCAAAUCACUGGAACGGACACUUGAUCGCACCCCCACUCCUGACCUCCUCAAUUUCAAGAAGGGAUGGAUGUCUAGACUGGGAGAAGAUGGAAAGUGGCGGAAACAUUGGUUCGUUCUUACUGACCAAACUUUGCGCUUUUACCAGGACUCUGUAGCCGAAGAGGCAGCAGAUGUGGAUGGUGAGAUCAACCUGUCAACCUGUUAUGAUGUCACAGAUUACCCUGUACAGAGAAACUAUGGGUUUCAGAUUCAUACAAAAGAUGGGGUCUUCACACUUUGUGCUAUGACUUAUGGGAUACGGCGGAACUGGGUCCAGGCUGUUAUGAAAAAUAUCCGACCCACUGUUGCCCCUGAUGUCACAUGUUCUGUUCCUCAAAAGGCGAUUGGUGCGCAUACUCGUACAGGCUCCAUCAAUCAGUACAAUACACUUCCCCAGGAGGAGGAGAAAAGAAGUCGCAUCCGUGAUCGUCGUAAAGAAGGCCGUUACAAAACCUUCGACUGGGCAGAAUUGAGUUGUAAACAAAACAAGGAGGAGUUGUCCAGUGACUUGUCAGGAAGGGAAUGGAACCAUUAUUAUGAGCACCGGGUCCCACCUGCACCUGCAUCAUCCCCUGAAGGGCCGGUUGUAUGUUUUGAAUCUGUGGCUUUAGGAAAGGAAUGUCCUCAGAAGACAAGACUUUAUCAGAGUCUAAAAAGCAUGUCCACUCAUGUACCAUCACACUCAACGAUGGUAGUGACCAAUCAUACCUCCCCUGGAUCAAUAAGCCCGGACAGCUUGGAGGUGGAUGCAGCUUCAGUACGUGUUUACUGUGACAGCCCUGGGGAUUGGCUGGUGAAAAGACCUAAAAAGGAAAAGAAGUUACAGGUUGAUCGGCCCACUUCUCCUAUGCUAGUCAACUUCUCUUCAUCCUCAGUCCAGACCGAAUGGCAAUGGGAGGUGGAGCUUCAAAGCCUGCGUAGAGAGAUAGAAUCUGAGCAAGAAAGGAGUCAAACACAAGAGAGUGAGUCUAAACUUUCUGAGUCCAGACUCCAAGGCGAGCUCAAUGAUACCCAAGACUGCCUUCGAAAGGCAGAAUUAAGAACUCAAGAGGCAGAAACUCUACUGAAGGAGCGCGAGGGGGUGCUGGAAGACCUACAGAGAAGAUUGGAUGAGGUAACUGGCUGUCUCAAAUCAAUAGAGGAGGCACAAGCCCUGAAAGAAGUUCGGCUGCAGAGGCACCUGCGUCUUCUACAAGAGAGCCAAGAAAGGGAAAGGAGGAGCUUCAGUGACAGCCUUGACCAAUCAGAGCAGCGUUUAAAGGAAUUAGAGGAGCGCCUGAGGCUGAAAGAAGCUGAGCUGGAUAAAAGGCCAACGGGUGAAGUAACUGAGCUUGUACAAAGGUGCCAGGAGCUGCAAAACCAGCUUGAAGAGUCCGACUGUGAGGUCGGACGCCUGCAGGCACGCCUUCACACCGAAGAGACUCUUUAUUACGACAUGGAACACGAUUAUGAACGAGCUUGCGAAGAGACACAGGGCUUGCGAGGUGCCCUGCAGGACUGUGAGAGAGUUUGCGAGGAGCGUUUCCAAACCCAGUUGGAGCGGAAACAACAGGACCUAGACAGGAAGGAGCGCGAACUACAGGAAGUGCUUGUCAAGAUGGCUGUUCUUGGGAGUAGUCUUGAGGAGACAGAACGUAGGCUCAAGGAAGCUCAAACUAUUCCUCCAGAAGUGAAUGCUUCCUUUGAUACAAUGACCGAGCCACAAUGUAUGUUAAAGGUCUCAAACAUCAGAGAGAAAAUGAUAAGGAAGAAUGGCUCAGAAACACAACCCAUUAUUCCAGGGGAAGAGUCUGAUCGGGUGAUCUCUGUGAUUCAGGCGCUGGAGCUCAAAUUGUGCGACACUGAAGAUCGACUCCGGGAGCUUACCAUUCACCUACAGCAACAGAAACUCAACAAAGGGCCACACACACUCAAUGAUUCUUGUUGUGGGCACACUUCCAUCCAGAAUCUGGAUGGCUUACUCUUUGUAAAUGCUCUUCCGAGUUGUACUGGUGCUUUGAAUAUCCUGCAAGGAAAAGCUGUACUUUGUGAGAAUCCAGGAAGUUUUCAAACUCUGAACAUGAUCAGCAGAGUGCUGUCGUUGGAGGCACUGGUCAUCCAAAGGAUGGCCUCUGCGCUUGAGCAUCCGAGCACUGAGCUCCUUAGUAGACUGUCGGAUCUACGUGUCAAUGUGUUUAGGAUGUCACAAGGAGGGAAUGAUUGUGGGGCUGUGGAAUCUAGAUACUCUCAGAUCUUCCUGUACCUUCAAGAACAAGAUCAGACAAACAGUAUAUUAAGUGAAGAUGAUAUCCAAAGAUUAUGUGUGAGAGCAGAAUUGGCAUACCUCAUACACACAGUCCAUACGCAUUCAUCACAGGAGCAGCAGGGUUCUGGGCCAUUUAACCUGUUGCCUUGGCCAGUUUUGGAUAGUUCUCUAUCCGGCUCAAAAAAGGAAAAUGAGUCCAAGCAGGGUUACAAGCUUGCUGAUAUAAGCCCAUCCGAGCUUGCCCCCUACAGUGAGCAGAUGGAAGAACUUGCAGCCAAUCUUCUCCUUGAGGACUCAGAAGUACAGCUGGCAUACAGAAAGAACUUAGCAGCAGAGCUUCAUGCUCAGGCCCAAUCACUGCAGGACCUCUCUACACAUCUACAGUCCAAUCUUAAAGAAACUGGCAUGACCGGUGAACUUCCCGCAAGUGUUUUAAAGGUUGCUAUGUGUCAGGCUGCUCUGGCGUACAUGGCUUGUAGACUACGUUCGGCCAUGCAGCAGGAGAUGAGUGCUCUAUGCAAACAACGAGAGCAGGCGGAGUACGAGGCUCGUGCGGUGUGUCGUAGCAUGGAGGUUCUGCUACAGGAACAGACCGAACUCUACGAGGAGAAGUUGCUUGAGGGUCGUGUCGUUGUAGAGAAGGUGGAGCAGGGGCAUGUCUCUGCUGAGGUAAAUGCCCAUUUGAGGGUGGAUGAGGCAGAAAGACUGCAGGUGGAGUUUGAGGAGAAACUCCAGGAGCUCCAGAAAAUACAUGAGGAGGAGAUGAGUCGCCUCCAUAAAUACUACAUUCAGAACAUGCCAACAGCUCCACCGCUCUCCUUACAAGAAGACAAUGGAGAGUUGGAGCAAGUGUCGAUCACUGCUCUCCAAGUAAGAAUCCGAGAACUCCAGAGUGAAAUCACUUUCUUGAAGCAGGAGCUUAGCAAGCAGGAUGCCUUUCAGCUAGACCUAGAAAGUGUCAAGGCCACGUAUGAGCAUGCUUUUAGCCUUAUGGAGGAGAGCCACCAGCGAGUGAUUGAUGAGAUGCAAAGGCAGCAUCAAAGAGAAGUGGAAAGACUGACGGAAGAAAGAGAGAGAGUGCUGCAGGAAGAAACCAAUGCUACGAUUGCAGCCAUUGAAGCCAUGAGGAAAGCCCAUAAGGAAGAAAUGGACAAGACUCAUAAGGCCAUGCAGAGUGGAGCCAAUGUGGACAUCUGCCAGCUUCAUGCACAAUACAAUGAGGAGCUUGAAUCACUGCAUAGAGAACUGGAGGUGUUGUCCGAGCAGUAUUCUCAGAAAUGUAUUGAGAACACUCAUUUAACCCAAACCAUGGAGGCUGAAAGGGACGCGUUAGGCAUCACGCAGAGAGAGAACCAGGAGCUUCACGCUCACAACCGGGAGUUAAAUGAGUGUUUGGCUGCCGAGUUAUCUCUGAUGCAUUCACGGAUGAAUGGGGAGGUGAAGCACACGCAGUCCUCUCAGGAGAAAGACGUUUAUCAGCUGGAGGUGAAUCUGAGAGUGAAGGAAUCGGAGAUUAAAUGUUUGAAACAAGAGAUCACCUCACUUAAAUUGGAGCUACAGGCAGCAAAUACGCAUUUUAAAGAGUUACAGUUAGAGCUGAGUGCUUUAGGAGUCAAAACUCAAAAUGGCUUGAGGAUAGAGCCAGGUAGAAAGCGGAGUUUAAAAUAUGAUCUGAUGAAAUCCAGGAGUAACCCUGACUGUUCUACACACUCGCAAGCCGUCGGAUCCAAGAGUCUUAAGGAUGGACUUACUGUUCUGGAGAGGAUGAAGCUCUUUGAAUUAACUGGCACGCAAAAAACUUGAGUGUGUGUGUGUGUGUGUGUGUGUGUGAGAGAAAGAGAGACAUAAUUUUAGUUUUUGAUGUGGGUUGAAUUAUUUAAAUGUAUAUUUUCCUAACACACUGAAUUCUAAUUAUACCUAUAGUCACCGGUGUGUGUGUUUGUAUGUCUCAGUCAUUUUAAUUGUUAUGUUACUACAUUAGACGGAUCCAAAUAGAACUGAUUAUUUUAGGUUGUCU